GUUCAGCCUAAAGAGAUACUAUAUUUAUAUUUAUAUAUAUGUGUAUACAUGUAUGGAAUCCGAAUUCGAAUAGAACUCAAAAAACGACAUUGCCGGUAACAGUGAAGCCAAGAGACCAAAACGUCAGGCGAAGAAAAAAUUCCGCUAUAAAAUUUGGAGAGACCCUUUCUUUCAUUCCCAACCAUCCAAUUCUUCACCAAAAGCAGCGCUUUUUACGUACAACCCAGAUACAGAUUCUCCACUACAACAACAAUCUCUUCCUCUCUGAGAUCUGCUAAAGCUUGUGUUUUCUUGUUUGCUUUUAGCUUUGCAAAGUCGCAACCCACACACCUGGCCUCUCUAUGCACUCCAUCGCUUUCUGUCUCCAUAUAACAAGUCUUAGUAAACAUAUUGGCCGCAUUCUGGGUUAGCUGUUGUUUCUAUCGGCACUUGGUUCCGUGUUCAGGAAAAACUAAAGCAUAAAACAUGUGGGGAGAAACAAGAGAUAAACCUGAAGGUGAACUUAAUGUAAGUUUUGGCUAUCAAUGCAAUGACAACAGAGGUAGAUCUCUUGAGAUUUCCAAAGGAUAUGAAAUCCUACCUAAAAUCCAAAAGACCAGCAGCUUCUCCUGCUUGUCUGGUGCUGCAUUGAGUGCCAAUGCCACACUGGCAAACACAAAUAUUUGCAAUGGUUUGAUAGGAGCAGAAAUACUUCCUAGUUUGGACUCCCCUAAUUCCUUUCAUAAGGUUUCCUCUUCACCUGCCCUUUCAAGGUUGGACUUAUUAUCAUCUUCUCUUCAGAGCACCAUGUCAAACUUAAGUUGCAGUCCUUCCCCUCCGAGUGAUCACGAAUCUUAUUUGUUGAAACCUAUGAGUGCUCCUUCAACAAGUGAAGGUUUUCUUAAUGCUAUGGAACUACAGGUGGCAGGUGGGGCUGCUGGUGAAGACAGGGUUCAAGCUGUUUGUUCUGAAGAAAAUGGGUGGCUCUUUUGUGCAAUCUAUGAUGGCUUUAAUGGAAGAGAUGCAGCUGAUUUUCUGGCUGGGACAUUGUAUGAGACUGUCAUAGUUUACUUUAAUUUAUUAGGCUGUGAAUCAAAGCAUGAUUUAUCAAGAGCUUCUAACAGUUUGUAUUUGGAUGAGUCUUUCCAAUAUACUUUAGGCGACAGUACUACUGUUACUGAGGGAAAGCUUCCAUCAAUAACUCAUAGUGACAAAGAUUCAUGUUUUGACUAUAUCAACAAGCAUGGCUCAUCUGCUAAAAUAGAAUUGGCAUCUGACUCGUUUCAGUGUGGGGUACUUGAUAGCCUCCUACGUGCUCUUAAUCAGGCUGAGAAUGACUUUUUAUACAUGGUUGAGCAGGAAAUGGAGGACCGUCCUGAUUUGGUUUCUGUAGGAUCUUGUGUUUUAGUUGUGCUUCUUCAUGGGAACAAUUUGUAUACACUCAAUUUAGGCGACAGCAGAGCUGUGUUGGCAACAAAUGGUGAAGGUGAUGACACAGAGGGGAAUGAGAAACUGAAAGCUGUCCAGCUCACUGACAGUCAUACUGUUGACAAUGAAGUAGAAAAAAAUCAACUCCUGCUUGACCAUCCUGAUGACCCAAGGACCAUUGUAGCUGGAAGAGUGAAGGGAAAACUGAAGGUCACUCGUGCUUUUGGAGUUGGUUACUUGAAAAAGAAAAUACUGAACGAUGCACUAAUGGGUAUUCUUCGAGUUCGGAACCUUAUAAGCCCUCCAUAUGUAUCAACUGAACCAUCACUGAAUGUGCAUACCAUUUCAAAAUCCGAUCGCUUCGUUAUACUUGGGAGUGAUGGUUUGUUUGACUUCUUCAGCAAUGAUGAGGCAGUAAAACUUGUCCAUUCUUUUAUCUUGAGCAAUCCAUCUGGUGAUCCAGCUAAGUUUCUGUUGGAGCAGCUUGUUGAGAGAGCAGCCGACUGUGCAGGUUUCAGCUUGGAAGAAUUAAUGAAUGUUCCAGCUGGUAGUAGAAGGAAAUAUCACGAUGAUGUUACUGUAAUUGUGAUCAUUCUCGGAACAAACCAGCGCACCUCAAAGGCAUCGACUUGCACGUAAGAUUUGAAGCGGCCAUCCUAUAUCUUGCAGUGGAAUGUUUCUGCCUUAUAGGAGUAAUUUUCAGAUGGUACAUAUCAAUGUCAGAAACACUAGUAGUUAGUUCUUGAUCUGUAAAAAGUUCUUUUUAUUACUGCAUUUUUUUAUGAUCACAAAUUGCACUUGUGCCUUUGCCUUUAUGCAAGUAAGGCGAGCAUUCAUUCUCUUUUUAUUAUUGGAAAUUAAUGUGGUGAGAAACUUUGGCAAAGUUA